AUGGAAGUGGAGAAGAUGGAUGAGAAUGAAUGGAAGUACCACGGGGAAGGCAACCAGAGCCUCGUCGUCUCCCACUGCCAGCGCUGUGUGGUGCUGCGGUUUUUGAAGUCCCCCCCCAACCAGAAUAAGACUUCAGAGGAAAUACUGCACCAUCUGCAAAACAUCGUAGACUUUGGAAAACAUGUCAUGAAGCAGUUCUUUGGGGAGAACUAUGUUCAUCAUGGGGAGAUUAUUCAACUGCCUUUAGACUUCGUAAGACAGCUCUGUUUAAAAAUUCAGCCAGAGAGGCCAGAGUCUCGCUGUGAUAAAGAUAUGGACACUCUUAGUGGUUACGCAAUGUGCCUUCCUAAUCUUACCAGGCUGCAGACCUAUCGUUUUGUGGAACACCGGCCAAUCCUCUGCAUAGAGAUUAAGCCAAAAUGUGGCUUCAUUCCUUUUUCCAGCCAUGUUUCACAGGAGAUAAAGCACAAGGUGUGUCGUUACUGUAUGCAUCAGCAUCUAAAGGUAGCGAACGGAAAAUGGAAGCGACCAAGUAAAUAUUGCCCAUUGGAUCUCUUCUCAGGAAAUAAACAGAGAAUGCACUUUGCUUUGAAGAGCUUAUUACAGGAGGCACAAAACAACUUGAAAAUAUUUAAGAACGGGGAACUAAUUUAUGGCUGUAAAGAUGACCAGGACUGUGUCUCUGACUGGAACGAACUUGCUCGUCACUUAAAACCUUUCUUUUUCCCUUCCAAUGGGUUGGUCAGUGGACCACACUGUACAAGGACAAUUGUUAAAGAACUAAUCCAUGUUAUAACUAUGACGCUACUGAGUAGUACUGAUGCCUGCAGGGCAGGUGAUAUGAAGACAGUUCCCAUUUCACAAGGACGAAGCUACUGUGAAGCGAGUGCUUUUAAUAAGGAGCUAGUAAGAAAUGGUAAACAUAAAUUGGAAAGCUCUGGCUUACCGAGGGGUUGUCUCCUUUAUAAAACCCUUCAGGCUCAGAUGCUUGACAUGCUGGAUAUUGAAGGACUCUAUCCUUUGUACAGUAGAGUUGAACAGUAUUUAGAAGAGUUUCCUGAAGAGAGAAGUACGUUACAGAUAGAUGGACCUUACAAUGAAGCAUUUUAUGAGAAGCUGCUAGAUCUUUCAACUGAAGAUGAUGGGACAGUGGCAUUUGCGUUAACAAAGGUGCAGCAGUACAGAAUAGCAAUGACUGCUAAAGACUGCUCCAUCAUGAUUGCCCUUUCACCCUGUCUACAAGAUGAAUGCUCUGAGCAGAGACCUGUGGUACGAACGUCCAAAUCGAGAUUCACCUUUUCUGUUUCUGUUCUGGACCUGGAUCUAAAACCCUAUGAAAGCAUUCCUCAUCAGUACAAACUUGACGGCAAGAUAGUAAACUACUAUUUGAAGAAUGUACAGGCCAAAGACGACCCAGUUAUGUCCAGUCUCUUCAAGGAGAAUGAAGACUGCACAUUAGUUCUCCAUAAAGUGUAACCGUUUCCUUAAGG